UCGUCGUCGUCGUCUUCUUCUUCUUCUUCGUCGCUUCAGACAGACGGCCAUUGGGCUUGGCCGCCACGGGGACCCCAGCGGGCCCGACACGACGUCCUCCGAUUGGCCGGCGCCUCGUUCCACUCUGGCGUUGACGCCGAACCAAUGCGCUCGGCCAAUCCGGCCGGGCAGCAGCUCCUCCACCCGAAGCUCGAACAGGCCGCCCCGGACUGGCUGGAAGCGGCCCAAUUGUUGACGGACUCAUGUCGACGACCAGCGGCCCGCCUGGACUCGAGCCUGUUCCAUCAGGCUCUUUUGGCCAUGGCUCGGCCUUCGGCCGGCCCUCCCGGACUCGAUCACCUCUCGGCCGCGAUCGCCGUCUCGAGUGAUCUUCUUCGUCCCGACGACAUGGAAGAAGCGGCUGACGAAGCCUCAGUGGCGACAUCUCAUCGUCUGCCCACCCUCCGCCCUACACACCUUCUUGCCCCCGCGUAUCCAACCGACUUGGGCACACCUCCCACCUCGCUAGACUCGGGCCGACCAGGCUCAGUCGACAACGACACGAUAUGUCGAACCGAGGCCUGGCCGCUGGAGGCCUGA